CUGAGAUGAGGUGGUUUCCCAGAUGGGUAAAGGCGCCCUCCAUACUUGUCGGGCUUGUAUCUGAGGAGUGCAAAUUUUAUAAGGCGCCUGCAGACACAACAAAAGUUAGCCUCUGUCCUCAAAGGCUUGCUCGUGGUUGCCGCGAGUCGCGGUAGUGGUCAGAAUACUCACUGAUCAGCCUUGUGGCGUAACCGCGGGGAAUAUAGGGUCCAGAAGCGCGUUGCGUCUCAAGUCAUGCUCGUGAACCUGAUAGUGAUUUUAAACUUCCUCAGACGUGACGGAAGUUUUGACGAGCUUCGAGUGGGAAUUGUGGCGGAAUCAAAGCUGUUCUAAGAUUUCGAGGGAAAGGCCAAAUGCAGAUUACAGUAGCGGCGCGAUAGUGCUCGGCAAAAAUGACAUCCAGCCGCAUGAAAGGCUUGAGCUAAGAAUUUAUAUUGUUGGCGAACUUCUCACAUCAAAAAAACUUUCGACAACAACAUCCACCAUGCUGCGCAAACAAGCCCGACAAAGGCGAGACUAUUUGUAUCGCCGCGCGAUAACUCUUCGCGAUGCAGAAACCUCAGAAAAACGCUCGAAGUUAAGGGCAUCACUCGCCACAGGCAAACCGCUUGCUCCCGAGAUUGCAAACGACAAGAAAUUACGAGAGGAUUACAAGUACGAUGAGUCCCGGGCUGAUUUGACGGCAAAUGAGGAGCUGGACUUGGACGACGAGUAUGCGCAACUCUCCGGAAUUGUCGAUCCACGAGUUCUAGUCACAACGUCAAGAGAUCCCUCCUCGCGCCUAUCGUCCUUUGCCAAAGAGAUUAGAUUACUUCUCCCUACAUCCAUUCGUCUAAACAGAGGAAAUUUGGUUUUGGGGAAUCUGAUCCAGUCCGCCCAGGCCUCUGGACUUUCCGACAUGAUCCUGCUCCACGAACAUCGCGGAACGCCCACAGCCAUGACACUGUCGCACUUCCCUCACGGCCCAACAAUUUCGUUCUCUUUACAUAACGUCGUCUUGCGCCAUGAUAUCCCAAACAGCUCUCGUGGAACCGUCAGCGAGUCAUACCCCCACCUCAUCUUCGAGGGGUUCACAUCUCGUCUCGGACAGCGCAUUGUUAAGAUCUUGAAGCAUAUCUUCCCUCCCCGUGAGGCGGUGACAAACAGGACAAAACUCGGAAGCAGGGUUGUAACCUUCAAGAACAUCGAAGAUACGAUCGAGGUGCGACAUCAUGUGUUCGUCAAGACCGGAUACCAGAGUGUGGAGUUGGCAGAGGUUGGCCCGCGUAUGAGCAUGAGGUGCUUCGAGAUCCGCGGCGGCACAUUGGAGAAUAAGGAUGGCGACGUCGAGUGGAGGAUGAACCAAUACACUAGGACGAGUAAGAAGAAAGAUUAUCUGUGAGGAAGGGUGAUGGACCUACAUAGCGCGGCGUUGGGGAAUCGGUAGGACAACUUACGAAUGAAAACGGAAAUUUCUCACUACAACCCCCUCACCGUCAUGAUAAGAAGCGCCCAGCCGCGUACAGUGUCAACUAUCCAGGGAAACGCCCAAAUUGUUGCUGCAAUCCUGCUUGCCUCGUCGACCACAACCGGAGCGUAUACGGUGAAGGGCAUGGCGACGGUAGGGGCAAUCGGCAGUGCAUAUAAAAGGCUGGCUUGAUGGCGAAUUUGAGAGCAUAUGGCGGCACUUCAUCUUGAUAUAAGUGCCAGCUCCCUGGGCGUCCUUUGAGCCAACGCUGCGUGGUAGUCUCAGGAGAAACCCUCCUGUAUGCAUAUCGGGCAUACUGCAAAACGCGAUUCCGAAGUGGCCUCAAAGAGGUCAACGCAGAAGCUUAUACACCGUUGGACUGAGACACAAUGGAGCGAAUUGCCUCUGCCAUGCUUUCCGUCCUCUGCGGAAGGCUGCAUAGUUUGGCAGUGACAGGCCUUCGUUGUGCAUAGCACGACUGCGCUACGCUGUUGGGUGGUAAAUCAAGGAUUACAUAGACAGUACCAUGUACGGAAUGCAGCUAUGAAGAACAUUAUGUGCCGAUAUUCAGCUUCUACAUCCAUUGGGACAAUAAUUUGUAACCUUCAUAUAGUAUUUCGUGAAACCCCACGGUUUG